GGGAGAAGCGCUUUGGUGCGGCCAAACGCCACUGCCUUUAAACUAUUUUAUGUAGGAAUAUACAAAUCUAGCGUAAAGGGAGAGGUAUAUUUUCAGUGUAGCUGGGCUGAUCCAUCGCCAGGAGUUUUAUUUUGCAGAUUGGUUUAGACUAGGCAAGAGACAUGAGCUAAUUGUAUCCUGAUCUUUGCCUUGAGGGGUUUCGAAGCCCUGAAGCAAGUAUUCUCUGUAUUUUGUUCUGUCUACCUUAGCCGAGCUAUUGCAUUUCUCACUGGCGUAGGAAGGGAGGCAGAUCGCGGGCGAAAUCGGAGGCAAAAGGUGUGCAAAAAGCAACUUUAUGUCCAUCGAUGUUCCAGGAUAACCGCUCCAGUAUGUCCAGACCGAUGAUCAACAGGUCCCCGGCGUCACCGCUCAGCAACCAGGGCAUACCCACCCCGGCCCAGCUCACCAAGUCCAACGCGCCCGUGCACAUCGACGUGGGUGGACAUAUGUACACCAGCAGCCUAGCCACGCUAACCAAGUACCCAGAGUCCAGGAUUGGCCGUCUUUUCGAUGGCACGGAGCCUAUUGUUCUGGACAGCCUGAAGCAGCACUACUUCAUUGACAGGGACGGUCACAUGUUUCGCUAUAUCCUCAACUUCCUGCGGACGUCCAAGCUCCUCAUCCCCGACGACUUCAAAGAUUACCACCUGCUGUAUGAGGAGGCGCGCUACUUCCAGCUGCAGCCGAUGCUGGCUGAACUGGAGCGCUGGCGUCACGAGCGCGAGCUGAGCCGCGUGGCGCGCCCCUGCGAGUGCCUCGUGGUGCGCGUGGCCCCCGACCUCGGCGAGCGCAUUUCUCUCAGCGGGGACAAGGCCCUGAUCGAGGACGUCUUCCCUGAGAUCGGUGACGUCAUGUGCAACUCUGUCAACGCCGGCUGGAACCACGACUCCACGCACGUGAUCCGGUUCCCGCUGAACGGCUACUGCCACCUCAACUCGGUGCAGGUGCUGGAGCGGCUGCAGCAGCGAGGCUUCGAGAUCGUGGGAUCGUGUGGCGGAGGCGUUGACUCGUCGCAGUUCAGCGAGUACAUCCUGCGGAGAGAGCUACGGCGAGCACCCAGCAACCGCAUAAAACAGGAGCAACUGGACUAGACCACUCACAGGCCCCCAAACUGCCCCCAAGGGCCACAAAACAGCCCUGCAGGCUUACCAAAAGGAGAAAAGGGCCCUAAAGGGUCCCAGAAGGUGGCAGGCACUUCAGCAGUGCCCAAACAUCCCACCAGGGUUGGACAUUUAUUUUGAUCAUUAUUUUUUAAAAACUAGAAGAACAAACAUUUGUUUGGUGUGUUAAUCCUGAUAGACGCCUCAGCAUAUUCAGUGACCCCUGAUGACCUUUGGGGUGAAUUGUGACUGUCCGCUCGAGGGCUCUGUUGAAAACAUUGUCCCUUUCCCCACGUUGAGUUUGUUUUAAAACUUUGAAAUUUCAACAGGUGAAGCGCAACACGCAUUAAGAUGAGCUUAAACAAAGUCGUUCUGUUUGCAGUGCUAUACAGUAUACAGUAUAUAUAAAUAUGUAUAUAUUUUGCUAUUUCAUAUAAAAUUUGACUCAUGGAUAUUCCUAACCUCUUAAAGUAUGAAUAUUCAUGAGUAUUAUUUCUUAAUCUGACAUUGAUAGAUUGGCCAUCAAAACACCUUUAUCUACAAACCUUCACCGUUUUGUUUUCCCAUAUCAAAGUAGGCUUUUCUUCUAUGUUAAAAGGUGCAGGCAAAUAUGUACUUCAGUUAAUCGAAAUGCAGCAGUCAGUUUCUGCUGUUACAGAUAGUAUGUGUUGUGUGAGAGAAUCCUUACUCCGGUAGAAAAUCGACCAUAAGACCUAUACUGUGGCUACGUAAUAUGAAGGGAACAUUUUACGUCUCAGAAGCCCCAAUUUAAAAUGUACAGAAGGUCCAACUAAUUUACUCGUAAUUUAUAAUUGGUACGAUGUUCAUUCACAGACUGCAGUGUCUUUCGAUUGUAAGUAUGUUUUUCGUUGACCUCUGACUUCUUUUUGACUGAAAUUUGUAAUGGUCCACAAUAAAAGUGAAGACUUUCUGAAAGCUGUCAAACUGAGCAAGUCAUGCUGGUUUAUCUCACACCAAGCCCAGCUGCUCUAAAUCAUGAAGAAUGUAGCAAGCAAAUGCAAAAUAAAUUGGUCCCACAAAUUUU